GGCGAGGAGUGGGCGGAGCUUGGAGUCCUCAUAAGAAACCUGUUUUUGUCCAGAGCGGAGAGUGAAGGAGAGAGAAGGAGAGAGAGAGAGGACGAUGAGGGAGGACAAGUCUGCAGCCGUUCGGACAGCUGACAGACCUGUGCUCUAAUCCAGGACCGAGCUCCACAGGUGUUGUGAUCAACCAUGAGUGACUCCAGAGACAGACAGAAUGAUGGCAGACCUCCUCAGCAGAACGUCAAACCCAAACUACCCAGCAACAACACCGGCAGUACACACCCCAUGCACCAGAGGGACGAGUCGUGCUGGAAGGAGAAACCCAAAGUCCACCGCUCACGUAGCAUCGAUUCCAUUCGCGAUCGCGGGCGGAAACGAGACCGCAAUCACCAGGGAGAACGGAGGCAACGAGGCCGCAGUGAGGAGGCGAGGAGACGAGACACGAAGCAAGGCGAGGCGGAAAAACGCAAGAAAUAUGUCCCAGAAAAUGACAUAGACGAUACAGAAUGCGCCAUUUGCUUUUGCGCGUACGACAAUAUUUUCAAAACGCCCAAACUGCUCUCUUGCGGACACACUUUUUGCCUGGAGUGUUUGGCGCGAAUUAACGUCACAUCGAUGGAACUCAAAAGCUUGCCGUGCCCCGUUUGCCGUGAAAUCACCCAAAUCCCACACGGACAAGAUCUACCGCGCCUCGGCACCAAUCAGGACAUCCUCCAAAAACUGCCCCCGCAAAUGCAGCGAAUCCUGUCCAUACGAUUCAAACGCAGCCAGGGCAAGCUAAUGCUAAAGACGCAGCAACAAGCUCACCAGCAGGGCGCGCCGAUGAGUCCGACCAAUGUGAAGUCUCUGUCCACCAAAAAGCCGUCUAGCCCAGAUGCCCCGGUUGCAGACACUGUGGAUUUGGAGCUGGGCGUAGAGGCGCGGACAGUUGUGAACGUGGGCCGACCUCCGAACCGUGUGCACGGGAGACUCAGGAGGCUGUUCCGGUCGGAUCGUUGUUACUACACGGUUGUCGUGACCAUUAUAACCAUUACUGUGAUUCUGAUGCUCAUCGGGAUCCUGGCCUUCGUCAUUAUCCCAAACGUGACGAUGCACAGGCUGCCAAACAGUUACAAUGGAAACCAAACCUCUGGACAAGGCGUGGAUGACUCACCAUGAAGGACUGUACUAGUUUAUGUCAGGGAAUACCUAAAGGCGCACUGUGUAACUUUUCUGGUGGGGUAUCUGCCACAUGACUGGAAUGUUUCACAGUAUGGCAUUACAUUUCACUAUCUACCUUUUUUUUUUUUUCAAUUACAAGCAUUUUCCUUUGUUCAAAAAUACAAUUAAAAACUUGAGUAGGGUCACCUCUCCACAGAUCUAAAUUGUAACUUGGCGUGGUGGCGUCACUUGCUUGUUUUAAUGUUGUUUGAUGCUGUACUGUGGAAUAUUUGGAGGAAAGCAACAACAUCUCCAUGGAAACCAGCAAGUGGUGGACUUAUUGAUCUAUAAUAAUAACUGGAUAAGACAUUCCCCCUCUGUCUCUGUGUGAGCUCGACUAGUGGCCACACCGGGUACUGCAGCUCCAGCCCAGACUCAAACCUCCCAUAGAACACAAUGCAUUUUUUGUGAAUUGUUUAAAUCCUCAAAGCGCCAAAAAGUUAGUUUUGUAAGAUUUAGCCUAGCCCCGCUCUGAGUGGUGCACGUCUCUGACAUCACAGGGGUGGGAGGAGCUAGACCUGUAUUCAAGAAAUAAUGCAACAGAAACACACUUGGAAAAGAAAAACACUGGCAUUUCGUGCCAAUGAGCUCAGGCCACUGAAAACAACACACCAUCUUUGGUUCAUCUUCAGAUCUUAUUAUACUUCCAUGGAUGGAGGCCAAAAAUGUUGCACAGUGCACCUUUAAUUAUAAUAAUACUAUUAUUAACUUAUUAAGGGCCUUUGAACCAAAGUGCCAUUGCCACAGUUUGGAGAUUUUAUGAGUCCUGUUGGGUUGUAUACUUGGAUACUCAUUUCCAUGGGCUGUAAUUACACUGUUUUCAGGAUCAGUUAAGGUCUAUCACAGUGGUUGAGUGGAGAAUAAUCUUGCCUCACAGCAGGAAGGUCUCUGGUUCGACUCCUGGGGGACGUGGGUCGUUUCUGUGCAUUUUCUCUGAGUGAGUUUCCUCCAGUUUCCUCCAUCAACACAAAACAUCCUCCAGAUAAGGUAGUCGUGGCUGAGACUGGAUGGGUCCCAACAUAUUUUACAAUACUUCAUAAUUGUGGCAUUGACCAUCAUGCAAACCCACCUGUGAUGUUCAGUAAUGUACUCCACCAGCACGUCGUCAUGGUGAUCAUGUGAAUGAAAACUACCUCUUGUACCCCGGCGGCACGUGUAAAUGAAGAGCCAAUACAAUCUCAAAUCUUCAUGGACACGCGCAAGGUUCCUGUGACUAAUUUUGUGCCAAAACUUUGUACAAUGUGCAAAAUGUUCCUCAGUGAAGCUUUAUUAAUAAGCUUCAUAGUCUAUGAAAGCGGGAGCAGUGUGCAGAGUGAGGACAUGGGCUUAUUUUAAAAUAUACUACCAUAAAUGUAAAAAUAUUUUGUAAGUAAUUGCCCCACGUUCUUUCUCCUCACUAAAUGGACUUUGCUGUUUGUAUUAAAUAUAUGUAAAAAUGAAAUUAUAUGAAGGUGACGGGAGAACUGUCAGCACUGGACACUGAGAAGAGAUUUUUUUUUGCACAAAUUUAAACAGAAAAUGUAUCAGAAACACAUCUGAAUGCUAAAGCUAAAGCUAACUGUGAAAUCAUGCAUCAUAAACUUUAAUUUACUAAAUGCACUUUCUGACUUUGAGUAUUUAAAUCUGAAGGAAAAAUUAGCUCUAUCUGUUCAUGCAUCACUGUAAAUACCAAAUAUGACAUUUAUAUUUGUAAAGUAAAUAAAGUUUUGAGAAUAAA